CGUCUCGAGUCAAUGAAGCAGAACAGUGACUUUACAAAAUGAAAAAUAUCCUCUUGUGAAUCCGUUAUUCUCCGCUCUUGGAUGGAGUACAUGAUCUCAGGCUCUUUUUACCUGAAGCUGAAAGCUAGUUUGUGAACACAUUCACUAUACCUUUUUCCCAUUUCUUUUUUGCGAUGCAUGAGUCUCAAGUGAUCCACCAUAACCAUCAAAUGGAGCUUCUCGAUUCCUCAAAGUUGGAAAUGUCUCCCGAAACGAGCUUUUUUCUCCAACCCAUUUUCACUCACGGGCUUUCUUGUUCACUGCACCUGGCGCUACUACUUGUGUUACUGAUAACAUGGGCAUGUCACAAAACCAAGGUUCGAAACAGAGAAACUGGAAGAAUAGGAGUUUCCAAUACUGCUGUUUUGUACUACAGACAGACUCUUUUCUGUUGUUUAAUUGUUUUUGCUUUUAACCUUGUGCUGUCCGUACUAAACUUCUUUUUCUGGUACAAGAACGACAACUUUGAUGAAAUUGUUAUUGCUGUGGAUUUUGUGAUAAAAACUGUUGCCUGGGGUGCUCUUUGUGUCUACUUGUAUUCUAGACUCUCCAGUUCAGGGGAACAAGACUUCCCCAGAUUCUUGAGAAUUUGGUGCUGGGCUUACUCCUUUGUUUGCUGUUCUUGCCUUGUAAUAGAUUUUGUGCUCUACAGAAAACAUGUUUUCCUCCCAAUAAUAUACCUUAUUUCUGAUAUUGGUUCCACUCUUUCGGGUCUGUUUUUCUGUUAUGUGGGAUUUUCAGCAAGCAAUGAGGCAAAACGCGUCCUUCUUGAAGAACCCCUCUUGAGUAGUGAUUACAGGGAAAGCAAUAGCUAUGAGUGCUAUAAGAACACCCCUUACUCAAAAGCUGGAUUUUUCAGUAUUGUUACUUUCUCAUGGAUGAGUACUCUAAUUGCUGUUGGAUAUAAGAAAACUUUAGGCCUUGAGGAUCUCCCUUUGCUCUCUAGCCAUGACAGUGUAUACGGGACAUUUCCAACAUUUAGAAAAAACCUUGAAUCAGUGUGUAGUGAUGAUCUUAGCAGAGUGACCACUAUUAAACUGGUGAAGGCUUUAAUCUACUCUACAUGGAAAGGGAUUCUCUCAUCAGCUAUAUUUGCAUUCUUUUACACAUGUGCUUCUUAUGUUGGUCCCUUUCUGAUUGACGUAUUUGUUGAAUAUCUGAAUGGACAAGAAAGUUUUAAAAAUGAGGGUUAUAUUUUGACAGUGGCAUUCCUCAGUGGGAAACUUGUGGAGUGCCUUGCACAGAGGCACUGGAUGUUUAGGUUCCAGCAAGUUGGGGUUAGGUUUCAGUCAAUGUUAGUGGCAAUGAUCUAUGCAAAAGGAUUGACCCUUUCAUGUCAAUCAAAGGAGGGUCGAACUAGUGGGGAGAUCAUCAACUUAAUGACUGUUGAUGCUGCUAGGAUUGGUGAGUUUUGUUGGUACAUGCAUGAUCCAUGGAUGGCUGUUCUACAAGUAACUUUAGCUUUAGUUGUUCUAUAUAGAAGUGUUGGGAUUGCUUCAUUAUCUGCUUUUGCUGCUACUGUUUUAAUGAUGCUGGCAAACUUGCCAUUGGGGUCACUGCAAGAGAAGUUUCAGAGAAAGUUAAUGGAGUCAAAAGACACAAGAAUGAAGGCCACCACUGAGAUUCUAAAGAACAUGAGGAUUCUAAAACUGCAGGCAUGGGAGAUGAAGUUCCUGUCAAGAGUUAUUGAGAUUAGGAACACUGAGACAGGAUGGCUAAAGAAAUUUUUAUUCAGUUCAGGAAUGACAAGAUUCCUCUUCUCUUCUGCCCCAACUUUCAUUGCUAUGGUUACUUUUGGUACUUGUAUUCUCAUAGGAAUCCCACUUGACUCAGGCAAGAUCUUAGCUGCAUUGGCAACUUUCAGAAUUCUGCAGCAGCCCAUAUCUAACCUUCCUGACACAAUCUCAAUGAUAGCACAAACUAAGGUUUCCCUCGAUAGGAUUGCAUCAUUCCUUUGUCUCCAGGAAAUACAGUCUGAUGUUGUAGAGAGGCUUCCUCGGGGUAGUUCUGAUACAGCAAUUGAGAUAGUAGAUGGGAACUUCUCUUGGGAUUUGUCUUCACCUGUUCCUACCUUGCAAAAUAUAAACAUCAACAUAAUCCAUGGCUUCAGGGUUGCAGUUUGUGGUACUGUUGGUUCAGGAAAGUCAAGUCUACUUUCUUGUAUACUAGGAGAAGUAUCGAAGCUCUCUGGGACAUUGAAGAUGUGUGGUACAAAGGCUUAUGUUGCUCAGUCCCCUUGGAUACAAGGUGGAAAGAUAGAGGAGAACGUACUAUUUGGGAAAGAGAUGGAUAGGGAAAAAUAUGAGAAGAUUUUAGAAGCAUGUUCCUUGAAAAGAGACCUAGAAAUUCUUCCUUUUGGUGAUCAAACUGUUAUUGGAGAGAGAGGCAUCAAUUUGAGUGGUGGACAGAAGCAAAGAGUACAAAUAGCUCGUGCUCUUUACCAAGAUGCUGAUAUAUAUAUUCUUGAUGAUCCUUUCAGUGCCGUGGAUGCCCAUACCGGAUCCCACCUGUUUAAGGAGUGUUUGCUUGGCCUUUUGAGUUCAAAAACAGUGUUAUAUGUGACUCAUCAACUAGAGUUCUUACCUGAUGCUGAUCUAAUAUUGGUCAUGAAAGAUGGCAAGAUAACUCAAUCAGGUAAGUACAAUGACAUACUCAACUCAGGCACUGAUUUUAUGGAGCUUGUUGGAGCACAUAGAGAAGCCUUAUCUGCAAUCAAUUCGUUAGAGAGAAAACCCACCUUUAGAGAAACUAGUACCACUGCGAAAGAGACAGACUCAUUAAGUGCAUUUGGACUUGAGGAAGAAGUUGAAAACAAAGAUGUUCAAAAAGAAGAUGAUAACCGUGGGCCAAAAGGCCAGCUUGUUCAAGAAGAAGAAAGAGAAAAGGGCAAAGUUGGGUUUGAAGUUUACUGGAAGUACAUUACAACAGCAUAUGGAGGAGCUCUUGUACCUUUCAUAUUACUCUUGCAUGUGCUUUUUCAGGUUUUUCAAAUUGGAAGCAAUUAUUGGAUGGCAUUGGCAGCUCCUGUAUCGGCAACUACAGAGCCUCCUGUUGGGAGCUUUACACUUUUGCUUGUCUAUGUAGCUUUGGCCAUUGCAAGUUCUUUCUGCAACAUGGCUAGAACAAUGCUUGUGUUUGUAGCUGGAUAUAAGACAGCCACUACACUCUUCAAUAAACUGCACGUGUGCUUCUUCCGAGCCCCUAUGUCGUUUUUUGAUUCUACACCAAGUGGACGAAUCCUAAAUAGAGCUUCAACAGACCAAAGUGCAGUAGAUAUGAGCAUUCCAAUUACUGUAGCAGGAGUUGCCUUCUGCCUUAUUCAGCUCUUGGCAAAUAUUGCUGUGAUGUCUCAAAUUGCAUGGCAGGUUUUUUUAGUAUUUAUUCCUGUGGUUGCAGCUUGCAUAUGGUACCAGCGAUACUACUCAGAAUCAGCGCGUGAACUAUCCCGUUUGGUUGGUACGUGUGAAGCUCCAGUUAUACAGCAUUUUUCAGAAACCAUUUCAGGAUCAAUGACCAUCAGAAGUUUUGACCAAGAAGCGAGAUUUCAGGAUACAAACAUGAAACUGAUAGACAGAUAUUCCAAGCCCAAGUUAUACAGUACUGCUGCAAUGGAAUGGCUAUGCUUCCGAUUGGAUAUGUUAUCUUCUAUCACAUUUGCCUUCAGUUUGGUUUUCUUGAUAUCUUUUCCAAAUGCAAUUAGUGCUCCUGAAGGCAUUGCUGGCUUGGCUGUGACAUAUGGGUUUAAUCUAAACAUGCUGCAAGCUCAAUUAAUUUGGACGCUUUGCAAUAUGGAGAAUAAAAUUAUAUCAGUAGAAAGAAUAUUUCAGUAUACUAACAUCCCAAGCGAGCCUCCUCUUGUAAUUGAAGAAAACAGACCAGAUUGUUCAUGGCCAUCAUAUGGGGAGGUUCAUAUCCAGGAUUUACAGGUCCGAUAUGCUCCUCACUUGCCUCUUGUGCUGCGAGGUCUUACAUGCACAUUCAAUGCUGGGGUAAAAACAGGCAUUGUGGGGAGAACUGGAAGUGGAAAAUCAACUCUGGUGCAAACACUAUUCAGGCUCAUUGAACCUACAACUGGUCAGAUACUAAUAGACGGCAUCGGCAUCUCUUUGACUGGGCUUCACGAUUUAAGGUCUAGACUUAGCAUUAUUCCUCAAGAUCCAACUAUGUUUCAAGGGACUGUAAGAAGUAAUUUAGACCCGCUUGAAGAGUACACUGAUGAACAGAUUUGGGAGGCUCUAGCUAUGUGCCAACUUGGAGAUGAAGUCAGGAAGAAGGAAGGAAGGCUUGAUUCCAUUGUCACUGAGAAUGGAGAAAAUUGGAGUAUGGGUCAGAGGCAACUGGUUUGCCUCGGCCGUGUUCUACUUAAAAAAAGCAGGAUUUUGGUGCUUGAUGAAGCUACUGCAUCAGUUGAUACUGCUACAGAUAACAUUAUCCAACAGACCCUGAAGCAGCAUUUCUCAGAAUGUACAGUUAUAACCAUUGCACACAGAAUAACUUCUAUCCUUGACAGUGACAUGGUUUUGGUUCUGAGCCAAGGGCUUAUUGAGGAAUAUGACUCACCAAACAGAUUGUUGAAGAACAAAUCUUCAUCUCUUGCUCAACUAGUUGCAGAAUACUCUCGUAGGUCCAACUCGGGUUUUGAAGCUUAGCUUAUGGUUAAUGGAAACUAUUUUUGAGUCAGAUCUUUUCUUGAUGGUGAUAAAUAUUAAGUAAUGAUCUUUCUAGCUUGUUUGUCUUGA